AUCUAGAGAAUAAACAACAUAUAUAUAUAUAUAUAUAUAUAUCUGCCACGCACUCCUAACCCAACUGCCAGCUGACCAAAUCAAAUUCUUUUUAAUCUAAAAUAAGCACAAUCAUCAUCAUCAUCAGCAGCAGCUUUCAAUCGAUUGUUUCAUUGAUUGACCUUAUAGCUUAGCUAGCACCGUUAAUGGGGUUGAGCCGCCAAUCUCCCUUAUGUCCGAUGAUGAGCUCAUCAUCCUUAUCCUUUCAGGGGCUCCAUAGUCUUUUCAAUCACUAAACACCAUUCGCAAUUUCCAUUGAUUUAAUUUGGGGCAUUUCUUGUUCUUUUUUAUUCAAUCUUAAAUUUGAUUAAUUAAUUAAUUUGCCCCUUUUCCAUUCAAUGCCUUUUAAUGGCGACUUAUUUGGCUGCUUCUGAUUGUUGUUGCUGAUGCGUGUGUUACCCCAUUAUUAGUUGCCCUCUUUCCCCCAUUUCUUGGAUUCUACUUUUCUUUUAAUUUAUUUAAUUCUUAUUUGGUGCUGAGUUCUUUCGAUUUGGUUGGUUCUCUAAUUUCCGACCCACUUAUUGACUUGAGAAAAACAAAGCUUAAUCCAUGGUGUCUGUUCGUGGGUGAUUAGGGUUCAUAAUUUUUUUUAAUUGUGUUGAUUUGGGGAUAUGAUGUUUGGGUCAGGAACGAGCUUGGUGACAACCAUUAUCGGGUUUGGGAUGAGCACCACUUUCAUAGUGUUUGUUUGCACUAGACUCAUUUGUGGGAGGCUUCGCCGCCAGCAGCAGCAGCAGCAGCUCAUCGACAUGGAUUCUGGAAUUGGGAUUGAUCUUGACCACCUGUCGCAAAGUCGGAUCAAUGGCCUUGAACAAGUAGUAGUUGAUGCGAUCCCUACCAUAAAGUUCAAUCGUGAAGCUUUCAGUUGCAUGGAAGACAUACAAUGCGCGAUAUGUUUGAGUGAGUACGAAGAGAAAGAAGUGGUGAGGAUCAUGCCGAAAUGUGGGCACAGUUUUCACCUGUCGUGCAUCGACACAUGGCUCCGGAAACAGUCCACCUGUCCUGUCUGCCGACUCUCCGUACAACCAUCCGGCGAAGUUAAGGGCACCCCCAUCCCCAUGCCUCAAUCAUUCGAGGGCUCGGAGAUUACUCCCCAACAUUCCCGACAACGGCAGCUGUCUGAAGGCACUGCAAGUGAUCAUCUUAGCCAUAUGGUGUCCGGUUCCAACGAGGUCCGCAUGGAAAUCUCGUCCCAAGUACCGUCUAGGUCGUUGUAAGAAUAUCGGAUUAGCUUUUUAUUUUCAAUUUUAUUUAUUUUUUUAUUAUAUAAUCCUUCGAUGCAAUGCAAGAGAUGGAUAGAUUGUGAGCGUGUGUACAAGUUUGUUGAUAUAGACAAAAAAAUAAAAUAAAAUUGUAGAUUGGAUUUUGUA